GGGGUCGGUUGUGUUUUGAAUCGUAUGGAAGACGCGUCCACCAUAUGGUAUAUAUCGACAAUAUGACGUACAUUAAUGUUUGUGAACUAUUAGUGUGCGGAUGUUAAGUGAUGUUCAUACUAAUGCCUUAAGUAGACACUACGAUCGAAGGACAAUUAAUUAUGUGUGAAUAUGAUAUAAUGGGCGUAUGGUAAUGACAGUGGGAAUUAAAAUUAUUGUUAUUAAUUGCAAGGGUCACUAAUGAAACGAUUAAAGUAAAUCGACCCUGUGUACCAAACAAAACAUGGCUUCGUCUAAUGGAAAAGGUAGCGGAAAACUCACUGCAUCCAUAGACAGUUUAAAAUUGUCAAGUAAGAAUACAUCGAAGCAUGCUUCGUCGGAGUCGGUAUUGUCGAGGAAGGAUAAGGAGUGCUUGCAGAUGCAAGAGUGUAAGAAGAAGCUUUUAGCCGUAGAACCACAGAUAAUAAUCAGAGACGAAAAUGUCGUACUUCGAUCACCGCCACAGAAGAAGAUAGUGAUGCCACCACAGAUAAAUACAGAGGAACUAGCUGCAGCAACACCAACGCAACGGAACUGGCGCGGUAUACUGAUCGCAUUGCUGGUUAUAGCAGCGGUGUUGGGGCUGAUCGUGUUCAGCAUAGCGCUGCUGACUCCGGCUGGUGAUGAUGGCCGGGGCAGGGGCAGAAGACCGACACUCGCCGAUAUAAUGACAGAGCACUUUAAGCCGUUUAAUGGCACAUGGCUAUCAGACGAGGAGUUGGUGUUCCGCGACCGUUGGGGAGGAUUGACGCUGUUCAACGUCAAGAAUUUAACAACCAGACUGCUUAUGAACAAUUCUACCUUUAGGGAGCUGAAUGCUGUAGACUUUAAAGUCUCUUCCGAUCUGAAGUUCGUUCUGCUGAUAUCCGACGUGCGACCGGGCUGGCGACACGCAAGACUAGCGAGAUACCACGUGUAUGAUGUUAUAACUAGGAACAAAAUCCCUAUUUCGCCGAUAGAGGACGACAGGUCUGCUCCCUUGCUGCAGUAUGCAGAAUGGUCUCCUGUCGGCUCCGGGCUGGUGUUCGUAUAUGACAACGACAUUUAUUACAAGCCUAAGGUUUUAAAGGCCUUGGUUUGCAGAAUCACUAGUAACGGAGUUCCAGGGGUAAUCUUUAAUGGAGUACCAGAUUUCCUUUACGAGACCGAGGUGUUGCGAUUGGACCGCGCCCUGUGGUUCAGCCCCGACGGACAGACGCUCAUGUACGUGACCUACAAUGACAGCCUGGUCCAACAACACAAAUAUCCUUGGUAUGGUUUGGAUCAACAGGAACCGCCCGCCUACCCUGCCAUAAGGACCCUAAGAUAUCCGAAGAUGAACACUAAUAACCCAGCAGUAACGGUGUACGUGGUCAGUCUGAAGACUCCAAAGUUUCUGUUCCCACAUGCUAUACAGUUUAAUUCACCCUUUGACUCUGGCUGGUAUGUUCGUUGGACAAGUUGGGUGUCUGAGCGUCAGAUAGCUGUUCUCCUCCUCAACAGACCUCAGAAUCUAUCCAUCAUCGCCACAUGCAACGCUGUGUCUUACAACUGCCAAGAUAUUUAUCGCGACGAAUCUGACGGUUCGCGAUGGUCAGGUCUUGGGUCAGACCCGGAGGAAGAGUGCGGCUGGUGCGGGGGGGCAGCGCUCGUGGGGGGGAGGAGCGGCAUCUUCACGUCCAUACCUGUCACCGACCAGGGAGGCGUGUGGAGACACGCUAUACAUCUCACCCAGGAGACCAGAACGACCAUUACCCAGGGGAACUUCGAAAUAACACAGCUGAUUGGAUGGGAUGAGAAACGAAGACUGCUCUACGUGAUCGGUACCGCCCCUGACAAAGCCGGAGAGCGUCACCUCUACCGCGUGUCGGUGCCUGUGGACGGCUGGCCUCCUCCGCCCGUCUGCCUCACCUGCCCUGGACGGAUGAUUGAAGCCACCGCUGAACCCAGCACGGAGGAACCGGAAUACGACAACAGCACGUCGUCAUUACCCGCGUGGCCGACGUCCACAGUUCUGCCUCACGUGGCCGACGAGAACGACUCGCUUCCCACCGCCUGUCUCUACAACAGAGUUAUAUUUAGCAAAAAUUUCUCGUACUACGUUCAGGAGUGCCUCGGUCCAGAGCCCCCAGCGAUAUUCCUUUGUACGUCAGCGGGGUCUCGCCGAGCCGUGCUGUGGGACGGGGCGCCGCUCAGACAAAAGUUCGCGGCCCUCGCUUCCCCCCAGGCCAAAGUGUUCAGAGUCGAGGUCCAAGCGCAAAGAUCAGCACGCGUAAGGUUGCUACUGCCUCCGGGCUUGCGGGACACUGACGACUUGCCGCUACCACUCGUAUUGCAUUUGUCCUCGGCUCCAGGUUCCCAGCUGGUGACUGAGCAGUGGGCACCUGGUUGGGGCUGGUAUCUCGCCGCCGCAAGGAACUUUAUAAUUGCAGAAAUAGACGCGAGAGGAUCCGGCGGACAGGGAGAGGAGUUACGAACAGAGAUAUACCAGAAACUGCUCUCAGUAGACGUCGAAGACCAAAUAGCUGUUUUAUCCUACCUCCGUGACAACCUGAAGAUGGUGGAUGGGAGCCGUACCGGUGCCUGGGGGAGCGGGUACGGCGCGGGCGCGGCGCUCGCCCUCGCCGCGGGAGACGCCGCUAAUCUCACCAGGUGCCUGGCCCUGCUGGCGCCCCUCGCCGACUUACGACACCACAACUCGUUCUGGUCGGAGCGCUACUCGGGCCUGGGCGGCGGAGCGUCGCUGGGUGUGUGGCGCCGGGCGUCCUCGGUGCCUCCUCGGCGCGUGUUACUCGCGCACGCCACCGCGGACGUGCGGGCGCCUCCGCCCCACGCUCUCGCUCUUGCACGAGCUCUCAUACAAGCCAGAGCCGUGUACUCUCAUCAGGUGUAUCCUGAUGAGGGUCACAACUUCGAGCGCUCGUUCCUGCACGUGUACUCGACUAUGGAGCAGUUCUUCGACGAAUGUUUCGGGCCCGUGGAGCUCGCGGACUGGGACAAUCCCGGAGGACUGUUUCCAUUUAGGGAUUGAAGCCGUCAGAAGAGACAUCGGUCGGUCUGCUGGAGAGGUUUAGUGUUAUUUGGAAUACUCAGGCGGUGGAGCGGUGCCGGAGGGGCUUUCUUGUUAUUAUUUUCCCUUAAUAUUUUAAUCCCACUCUUAAAUCUUCUCUAUUUACUCGUUAAGAUCAUCCCUUAACUUAUAAUUCUUCAAAAUUUCGAUGUUUGUAGAUUCUACGCUAACAAAUUUUGUUAUUUUGGAAAACAUAGCAAGCUUAUACAAAGUACUAUAUCCAAAACUAAAGCGUCUGUAAUAGUAGAAAACUUUUUUUAGGUAACGUUUAGAAAGGGUCGUAGUGUUACCAACACGCUCGGACAGUUCGCUUUGAACCUCGGAGUCGCCACACACACCAGUCAUUACAUCAAAUAAUUAAUAUUUCCAAAAGCUUCUUAAUGUAGUCAUUUCUUCUUAUCUCUAGUUUCUAGUCGUCUCGUGAGUUUUUUGAAUUCCUUAAUAAAUUAGGCAAUGAAGCGAAUUUAAAUUAUUUAAUUAAAACAUAAUAAUAAUAUAAAUAAUAAUUUUAAUAUUUUAUCAUAGUGACAUCGAUAACGAACUGCCAACCUCCGAGAGAUUAUUUGAUUUUAAACUAAACCGAUAGAAAAUUACUAUAAGACUUCGCACCAAAUAUACCAAAAUACAAACUAUAGCAGUAAUCGAAAUGGUGCGUAUAAAGUAUUGUGGAUUGAUAUUCUAUUGAAGCCUAAAGCAUAUUUAUUAGUCGGUCUUAGAAUGAUAUUCGAGUUGUUUGUAUUACCUUGACGUAUUAUUAAAGUAAUAAUUGUAUUAUGAAACAGUUCGUGAACCGCCUUAAAUAUACUCUAAAACGUUUCUUUCAAUGUGCAAACACCGCUGAGCGCAAGGAGCUCCCGCAUUCUCUAUUUUAUUUAUUAGGGUUCACGAACCGUUUUCGGAGUUUUGCUCCUGUGGAAUUUUCUUAUGAUUAUUGUAAGGAAUAUAAAUUCUAUAUUUUAGUGUAAAAUCCAUCUUUACCUAUAUUUAUAUGUCGCUUUGAAUGUCAUCGUAAAAUUAGCUUUAAUGUUUAGACAACGUUGUCCCGAUGUUAAGUGUUACUAGAGCAAAAUAUUUAUAUCCGUACAUAGACCAUUACUGAGUAUUGCUAGUAAAAAUAAAUAAAUGUGAUUAAUGUUUUUAUUGUAUUUUAAACUUUUGACAUAGUGUCACAUAUUUUUAUUUAAUUUAUAAUAAAUAAAGUAGAAUUAUAUACACUUAUUCUUUUUGUGAUAUCAUCUAGUCCAAUGUAAUAAGUGUUAAAUAUCUAAUAUAUUUGUAAGUCAAUAUUAUUUUAUUAUAUGUAUCGUAGUCGUAAUAAAUUCAACGUUUACAUUGGUUUUGGUAGUGCAGAAGAACUUAUUCGAUGUCUUUUAAAUGGCGUUAUUACUUAUUCAAUGUUACUUAAUAUAUUCGAACAUCGGCAAGUCGGCCACAUCACGGCCGUACUCUGCACACAUUAUGAAGAUUUUCAUGUACAUUGCCACAUCAGGCACUCUAAGAGCCCGCGCACACAGAGAGCGGUCAGGAGUUGCGAGUUCGCGCCGCGGUCAGACUGCUCUCUGUGUGCGUUGUUGUUAUAGACUCGGUAUAUUCUAAUGAACGCUGAACACGGAACUCGGACCUCCUGACCACUCUCUGUGGGCGCGGGCUGUAAUGGUUCCAAAACUGUAAUUUAUCAGACAUUUCCUCAAUAAACCUGUGAGAUUAUAUGUAUGUGACAUAUUUAUUUCCAUGUUAUCAUUGUAAUAAGAUCUUUCGCAAUUUAAUUUCGAAAUGCUCAGCGAAUCUGUGUCGUUUACGUUAAAAUGUUGUUUUAUAUAAAAUUGUUCCCAAA